AGACCCUACAAAUGCGACUUUUGCCACAAAUCAUUCUACCGUCUUGAGCACAAAGUACGCCAUGUACGCACCCACACAGGCGAAAAACCUCAUGCAUGUUCCUAUGGACAAUGCGACAAACGAUUCGCACGCUCAGACGAACUCAGUCGGCACGUUCGUGUCCACACUGCCCCCUCU